UUUUGCUCUGAGAGUUUCGGACAUGGGUGUGCUCACGGGUUGGGAGGCUGUUUCCCGCGCGCUGUACGCCAUCGGGCUCGUGACCGCGCUCUGCUGGGGUCUCCAGCUGGCCCGGUGGUGCUGGGGAGGUUUCCGCGUGUACGUGUUGUCCUCCUUCUGGAAGACGGACUUGCGCCAGUUCGGACAGUGGGCGGUUGUCACCGGAGCGACAUCGGGGAUUGGCAGGGCCUAUGCAGAUGAGUUGGCCAGGCGAGGGCUGGAUUUGAUCCUCAUCAGCAGGUCAAUAGAGAAGCUCCACACUGCUGCCAAGGAGAUCGAGAGCCAAUAUGGGAGACAGACACAUGUCAUCCAAGUGGAUUUCACAAAGGGCCCCAGCAUCUACCCGAUCAUCGCAGAGAAGCUCCAGGGCCUGGAGAUCGGCAUUCUGGGUAAUGUACUCAUACCGGGGACCAAAUACUUGUGCUGGAGGCAGGCGUUAUCUUGUAAUCGUGAACAGCUGUCAUGGUCGCUGUGUGCAGUGAACAACGUGGGCAUGAACUACGCGGGCAUGUUGGUUUACUUCCUGGACGUUCCUGACCCUGAGAAGAGCAUCACUGAUGUCAUCAACUGCAACAUGCUGUCUGUGGCACAGAUGACCAGACUGGUUCUUCCACAUAUGUUGGAGAGACAUAAAGGCCUCAUCAUCAAUAUAUCCUCAGAGGCUGGGUCACAGCCACAGCCCAUGCUGGCGCUGUAUUCCGCCACCAAGGUUUUUGUCACCUACUUGUCUAGAUCACUCACUGCUGAAUACCGAAUGCAAGGCAUCACUGUACAGUGUGUGACCCCCUGUGUCGUGUCCACAAAUAUGACCCACAAUGUUGAGGUGGGCCCCCUGGUGAAGAGCGCAUCAGCUUUUGCUUAUGAAGCCCUCAACACAGUGGGGUACUCAAAUUACACAAGUGGCUGCCUCCUACAUGCCCUCCAGCACAUCGCCCUCUGCAUCUUCUUCCCUGGCUGGCUCCGGCUCAGCACCUUCUGCAUGAGGUACACAGAGAAGUUUGCUCAGAGCUGGCGGCAGGAAAUCGAGGCCAUGAUGGCAAGAUCGGCGAAGAAGGCGGACUAAGGUCCUUGCCAUGAGCGAACACAUAGACAUAGUGUAUUGAUUGUAUACGUAGUACAGCAUGUCCAAACACACGUACUGUAUACAGGUGGCAAACUUGUUUAGCUAUGGGAGACUUUGCUGCUUAGUCUAAUAAGGUCCAUAUGUCUGUGGAUGGGUUACAUGUAAUCAGAUUUAAUGAAAUUCCCCCCCAACAGCUACUGACCAUCUGCCAGAUGUGCAGGGGAUGUUCAGCCCCAUUACCAGGGGAGCAGGAUGAAAACUGGGCUGUUGUCAUGGGGGGGAGACAAGUGACACAAUUAUACUGUACCCACCUACUGCACUUCCCACAAUGCAAUACCAAGCCCAGCAAUCCUUCUUAUGAAAAGGAA